AUGAGUCUUAUAUCUUGGAAUGUGCGGGGCUUGGGGAACCCCCGUGCAUUUGAUAAACUUCGGAUGCUUAUCCGUGAUACUUCCCCUAGUCUUGCUUUCCUUAUGGAAACAAGGUUACGUUCUAAAGCUGCAGAGUCAGUAAAGAGAAGGUGUGGUUUCCAUGGUGGUUUUUAUGUUGACUGUAGUGGUAGGAGUGGAGGUCUUAUGCUCAUGUGGAAGGAAGAGGUCGAAGUUCAUAUACAGAGCUACUCUCAGUCCCACAUUGACUGUCAUGUUCGCUUCCCCCAUGGUGUGUGGUGGAGAUUUACCGGUUUUUAUGGCAAUCCAUCUAGGAGUGAUCGGCAUCACUCUUGGACGUUACUGUUACGAUUAAAGUCUCUCUCUAACCUCCCUUGGGUUGUAGCUGGUGAUUUCAAUGAAAUCUUAUUUCUUUCAAAGAAGGAGGGUGGAAACAAUAGAUAUUAUCCCAGUAUGAAUCAGUUCCGGGAUACAGUGGAGAGCUGUGAUCUUGUAGACUUGGGUUUUGUAGGUCCUAAAUUUACUUGGGAUAAUGGGCAGGAAGGGGGUGCUCAUAUUCGUGAAAGACUUGAUCGGGCUCUGGGGUGUGAUGAAUGGAUUAAUCUAUUCCCAUACUAUGGUGUUCGCAAUAUGGAUUUCUACGACAGUGAUCAUAGAGCAUUGUGGCUAGAGUUGGUUCGGGAUAGAAAUAGGGCCGGGAGGGGGCCCAAGAAGAGGAAGUGGUUCCGGUUUGAACCUUUCUGGAUGACUGAUGAGGAUUUUAAGGAUACCUUGAGGACCUCAUGGGGCACUACAGGAUCGGUGGGGGACUGUGAUGGUUUUGGGAGGAAGCUUCAGAGUUGCGGUCGAGACUUAAGUGGGUGGAGCCGCGUAAAAUUCGGACGCAUCACGCGGCGGGUCCGUAAUUUACAUGAGGAAAUUGAGAGGAUACGAAAUGCAUCUGCUUUGGGCUAUAAUCGAAGACGGCUUUGGGAAUGGUAG